CCAAACAAAUCUACCUGCACAAAUCCAAGCUCCCGAGCAGCUGCAAGACUCUUCCACUUACGGAUACCUCAACCCAGAGAUUGCGCAACAGAUAUGCAAGUCCACGCGGUUCCCGAUUCCGAACGCGCUUUCGACUCGGCAGGCAGACGUUUGCCAUGGGCAAUUGAGUACGCGGACUCAGACAAUGGAAGCCGCCGUAUUCCCGAAGAAAGGGGACCCUUCGGAAAAGCCCGAAAACGCGGCCUCAGCAGAAGUCGGACUCCCAACGCAAAAGUUGCAGAAGACACGACCAAGUCCAAGAAUCUCCAGGCGAUCGACGAUAUCUUUGCGAGGGUCAAGGCCGAUAUAGUCCCACAGCAGUCUCAAUCAAUAGGUAGAAAAAGCUCUGGGCCAGCGUCACAACUCCCCACGUCCGCAUCCACAUCGAACGAGGGCCUAUUAGCGAGCGCGACGGCAAAGGAACCAAAAGAGGUCAUCCUUUACGGCUUCGGAAGUGACGCGCAAUGGUUUGCUAUAAGCCACUUUGAGAAAGUCUCCAUGGGCAUCAUAUUCGAGGAGUAUGAGCGAAACCCCAGCGGUCCAAAGUACGGCGCCCCGUUCUCCGCGAAGCAGCGCGAUGUCCUAUACCGCUCUCUCUCAAAAUCCGCAGUCAACAGGGUGAACUCAUGGGUAGGCGGCGAGCACUGGAUCAAGGUUACUUUCGAUUCGCCUGAGAGCGCAGAGCGCGCGUGUCAUUACUCUCCAUAUAUUCAUCAAGGGUACUCUAUAUUCGCGGAGCCGUACAGGGGAACAGGGCCCUCCGGCGGUGAUCGACCCAUCCGCGCAGCGUCUGGUGGGGCAUCACUAACAGCCUCGCCCAACACUAUGUCUUCCGCUACGAUGCAAAUGGGCGCGUCACAAUCUUCUGCGACUGCUUCGUCGGCAACGGCCACAGCCUCCAUUCCAGCAUCUGCUCCACCUUCACGCGGCGCUUUCCCUAAUGGAGGCGGAGGCGAGGCUACAUCCAUCACUUCGAACUCACGGUCAGAAUCUCAGAACGCCGUUCAAACGUCAUCUCAAACCCGUCAGCCCACCAAGUCGACUCUUCGCAUUAAGAAUGCGAAGCCAAUCGUCUUUCUCCCACAGGAGAAAGCAUUCCUACCUGCUCCUCCACCUUGGCAACAGACAUUGAGCUCUUUCCCAAUCAUAGGUUGGGUGAUAGGAUCUGGCCACGGCAUCAUCGGUGAUCAAGUGCCCAGGAAAGAGGACGGGAGCUUUGACAACGCAACCGCCAGCCUGUAUUGGCGAGUUUGGUAUUCGAUAGAUACUUGUUUCGGGUCGGACUUUUGCGGUGUCAAGGAGGCGGAGUACGACGAAUAGAU